ACUAAACCCGCCCCCUUUAACUCUGAUUGGAGGUUUCUGUGCCCUCUGUGGUCUGAUUGGAUGGAAUCCUCCAAUAGCGGGCUAUGCGGUAGUCAUUCUACACAGCAAUGGCAGCCCUGCAGCUUGAAAAGCAGCGAGGGCGAUAUGCUGCCCUGGCCAUCGCUGCAGUGGUCAUUGUGGUGGGCAUCCCACUCUGGUGGAAGACCACAGAGACCUACCGCGCCUGGCUCCCUUUCUCUGAGAUCAGCGAGCUCGACUCCCUGCAGCUUCAGCUAAGUGUUGAUAUCGAGGUGGUCUUCUCUCGAGGAACACUGACCCCAGAACAGCAGAAAAAGUUUCCACUUAGCCAUGUCAAUGAAAAGGAGCACCAAGUUGAUGCUAAAACAGGUUUGCGGUACAAAUAUGAAACCAGAUAUCGCACUGCCACUAUAAUGGAGGAAGACGCCUUGAAUCAGCCCACUGCUGCAGAGGCAGAUCUGUCCUUACACAUGCUCUCUGAGAGUUCUUGUGGGUCUGUGGUUGUAUAUGUGAUCCCCGAGUCCUCCACCCUUCUGCCAGAGGAUGUGAAAGUGUACGUGGGGCAACGGCGCACUGCGCUGCUACGUUCUCCUCCCUUUAAAACUUCUUGGAGUCUGAAGGAAGUCUUAUCAAAUCUGGAUGUGGAGGUGGAGCAGGUGGUAAGCACCAUGUCCUUCGGUCACCAGGAUAUAGUAGCUGCUCUGAGCAACCGUGUCCGCAUGACCAAAGUGACUAAGGAGAGUAUGGCAGACAGCAUGCGGGCCAUCAAAUCCAGUCCUGGCUACGAGAUCACAUUCAGUCUGCUCAACCCAGACCCAAAGUCACACAGUCUUCACUGGGAUAUCGAAGGCGCCGUUCAAAGCUACAUUCAGCCUUUAUUGAACAAACUCGCCCCUAUAGCCAACUUUUCAGUGGACUCUCAGAUUCUGUAUUAUGCCGUUCUGGGUGUGAAUCCUCGAUUUGACAACAGUGUGUCAGCCUAUACACUCAGUGCAGACAGCUUAUCACAUGUUAUCAACCCUGUUGAGGCCAGACUAGGUUCCAAUGCAGCUUCCUCUAACCCUGUCUUGAACUUCCUGCUAUAUGUGCCAGAUGCCCACCACUCUCCUCUUUUCAUCAGAGACCACAGCAAACGGGAGGUGCCCUCUAACGCCUUCCACAGCCCUCGUUGGGGCGGCAUUAUGGUGUACAAUGUGAAUGAAAUGUACGGACCUGAAGCUGAACGUCCUGUAGAUAUCAACAUUAAUAUGGCGAAAGUGAUGGGUGUGUUUUUGGCACAGUUACGGCUCAUGCUGGGAGUGCAGCAUACUCAUCCUCCCACAGGCUUUGUGCUGCAGAGUCCAGGCAGCGCUGGACUGGCUGACUGGGAGCUGGACCGGCUACUGUGGAGCCGCAGUGUGGAGAACAUCGCCACCGCCAGCACCACCAUCACCUCGCUGGCUCAGCUCCUCGACCAGAUUGGAAACAUCGUCAUCAAUGACAACAUCGCACAGCAGGUUUCCAGUGCAGUGACAUCACUUCAGUCUGCUGUCGCCGAGUUGGAGGCCGGGAACCUGGCCUUUGCGCUUCAGUACAGCAGGGAGGCCAUUUUGGCUUCAGAGAGGGCCUUUUUCGACCCCUCUCUUUUGCAUCUUCUUUAUUUUCCAGACGAUCAGAAAUUCGCCAUCUAUAUUCCUCUUUUCCUACCCAUGUGUGUACCUAUUGUGCUCUCGCUACUGAAAAUUGUGAGUGAAGCUAAGAAAAGGCGAGCAGAUAAACAAGCCAAAAGUGACUGAGAAACCACGGCUUGUUUGACGCAUACACACUAAUGGCUGCAUUUGUGUAGAAUGUUCAAAAAACACACUGAUUCAUUAAAAGAUGAUGUGUGUGGUGUACAUUUACACUUUAUUUAUUAGACCAAUAGUCUAACUGUCAUCGGAUGAAAAAGAUAAAGUAAAAGUGCAGUUUGAAAUGUG